CUCCCCCCCCCGCGCCUCUCACCCCCCCUGUGCCAUCUCAUCCCCUGUGCUUCCCUUUGCCUCCCCCUUCACCCUCCUCUCGCCUCUCCGUUGUCCUCCCUCUCUAUCUUUCUCCCCCCCCCCUCUCUUUCUCUCUCUCUCCAGCCUCCCUCUGUGAAGAGUCAUGUCCAAGCCUCCGGCCCCGCCGCAUGGGCACCAUCCCGCCGGCCCGUACCCCACUCAUGCUGGGGCAUCUGCCCCAGGUAAUUACUAUGGUGGCUAUGGCGCCGGAGCCGGCUACCCCAGCUAUCCCUCUUAUGGCCACCCGCCCGGGGCCUAUCAUCACUCUCCCCAGUACCCCUCCUACCCGCACCCAUAUUAUGGCGGCUAUUCCGCUCCGUCGUCAGCUUCCGGCGCCUGGCCCGCCUAUCAGACGCCGUACUACGGUGUCCCCGGACGCGGCAUGGUCGAUCCCAGCGCGUCUGCCGCGGCCGCGGCUGCCUACAACAGCCAAAGUGAGCGCCUUUACCAGCCUCCGCCGCCAGCGAGCCCGGCGUCAUCUCGCGGUGCUCCGUCCUCUUCUGCCGCCUCUUCCUCUUCCUAUUCCUCUGCCACUCCGGCCAGCUCCGGCGUCGCCCCUUAUGUUCCCUUUUCCCCCUCCGCCCCGGUCACCACCACUUCAUCGCAUGGCACUGCCCAGGGGAAGGCCAAGAAGGCCGCCACCCCGGCCGCCGGCAAGGCUGCCACCAAGGCCAAGCGCCAGGCCCCCGGGGCCGGUUCAUCGCCUCCCUCGGUGGCGGCGGUCGCCGCUACGGCCACCGUUCCUCGCACUGGCAGCACUCCGGCCUCCUCUUCGGCGGUCACAUCGGUGAGCCUCUCCUCCGGCAGUGGCGGUGGUCCGACUCAGUCCCGCACAUCCUCCUCCUCCUCCUCCUCCUCGCGGGGUAGUUCGCUCUUCAGCGGGCGCGCGGGGUACGCUGCGCCGAGUGCGGUUCGUGCGUCGGCCCACGACCCGUAUGCCAACACGCGGAAGUCCAGCUCCACCGUGUAUCCCUCGGUUCCUUCGUCGUCCCCGGCUGCCGGUGCCCGGGGUGGCACUUCCUCGCGGGGCAGCUCCUCGCGGGGCGGCUCCUCUCGAGGCCUUUCCCCUGACCCGCCGUCCCAGCCUGUCACGCUGCAGCCAGUUAUCAAGGAUAUUUCCACCAACGAUUCAUCUGCCCGCCAGGCGCGCGCGCGGCGCUUCGAGCGCCAGGACGAUGGUCCACGCUCGUCCUCCUCGGCCUCAAGUGACCUGUUCACCUCCUCGGUGCCCCAAGUCCCGGUUGUUGGCACCUGCACCCAAAUUGAAAAGAGCUUCUUCCGCCUGACCAGCGCCCCCAAUCCCAGCAAUGUCCGCCCCCUGCACAUCCUCCGAAAGACUUUCGAUUUUCUGCGGCAACGCUGGCAGGAGAAGCCGGACUACGCGUACAUUUGCGACCAGUUCCAGAGCAUGCGCCAGGACUUGAUUGUCCAGCGCAUUCGCAACGAAUUCACGGUGGCCGUAUACGAGGCUCAUGCGCGCAUUGCCCUGGAGUCCGAAGAUUUGGAGGCCUUCAACCAAUGUCAGACCCAGCUUCGAGACCUGUACCUGGAGGGGAUCCCCGGUGCGCGGGAGGAGUUCCUCGCCUAUCGGAUUCUGUAUUUUGUCUUCGCCAAUGCCACUUUUGAUCAGACCCUGCUGUUGGCAGCUGGGGCCAGUGGCAUUCUCGGUGACGGGGAUAUCGGGCCCGCAGAUGCCGGCGCCGGUGAUGCCAGCCCGUCGGCCGAUGCCCCGCUCGGUCUGAGCCUGGCAUUGCGCGAGACGUCGCUGCCCAUCACUCACGCGCUGGCCGUGCAGAAGGCCGUCCUGUCGCAUGACCAUGCCGGCCUGUUCCGGCUGUACCAGCGCGUCCCGAAUAAGGGGCGCUUUUUGAUGGACAGCUUUGUCCGACGCCAGCGUCUGGUGGCCCUUCGUGCACUUUGCCGUUCGCAUCGGCCCAACCUCGCGCUGGGUCUGGUGUCCACGGUCCUCGGCUUCGAAGGGCCGGCCGAGUGUGUGGCCUUCCUGACGCGUGACCUGCGCCUGGAUGUCUUCCGGACCGGGACCGCUGCAGCCCUGUCGGAAGCCGACCUGGCUGGCCUUGACACAUCCUCAUCCCUGGAGGGGUUGCAUCUUAACCCGCGGGAGGCCCUGCAGCCGGUGGCUACUGCGGUGGCCGGUGCCUUUGCCCGGGUGUCAGUCAACAAGCAACUCGCGUCCUCUUGA